UGUUUGUUUGUUAGACAUCUGGAGCUGAGAAGCCUCCGAGAGGGACUUAAUAUUUUAAACAAAAGGUUUGGAUUUUUUAUUUUUUUUUAUCUUUUGAUGGUGAAAGGAUGACCUACUCCAUCUGCUUCAGACUGAUCACCGUCAUCUUCUGCUGUUCGUCACUCACAGCUGGACGAGUGGAGAGGAAUCCAAAAAUCGUUCCUGCUGCUAAUCCACAGAUUCUUCCCAAGGGCAGCUCGUUGAGCCUCACUUGCAAAGGUCAAAGACGCCUGGAAUGGAUGCUUGCGAAUCGAUCGAUCCCCUCGGAGGGGGUUAAGACGGAGAAGUGUUUCCCCAAAAAUCAUUCCCACUGCAGUAAACUGACAGUCACACACUUAGGGGCGAACGACACGGGGACGUACUCCUGCAAAUACUCCAGCGGGGGCUCAGACCACGUCACCUCAGUUUACGUCUAUGUCAAAGACCCCGAGCAGCCUUUUGUUGAGCCCCAUCCCCUUAAUCCAAUGAUUCUGAGCAUCUACCGACACGAGACCAGCCUCUUGGUGCCAUGCAGGACUACCUCACCAGACGUUGUUGUGGAACUGAUAGAGCAGCCAAAGCUUUCAAAAAACACUGAUAAAGAGAAGGUGUGGGAUCCGAAGGUGGGGUUCACGAUUCCAUACGGUCCCUCUAUGAUGUACUCGUGGCUCACCUGUCGCACCGUUGUCAACGGCCGUGAGUUCCUGUCCAGCUACAUCCCUCAUAGGCCCCCUGAGAAACUAGAGAAUGUCAAAAUCACGCCGGAAAACGUCAAAGUGUUGGUCGGCGACACGCUCGUCCUGAACUGCAGCGGGGAGACCUUGCCUAACGGAAGAAUAAACUUCACCUGGGAUUUUCCCAAGCGAUAUGAAAAUCGACACCACACAACCAAACCUGUUCUGACACGUGGUGGGGUUUAUGUGAUGAGCAAAUCUUUGGUCUUACCUAACAUAACCAUGGAGGACAAAGGAGUGUAUCGCUGCAAAGCUAUGAUUGAGCCCACGAUACACAGGAACGCCUCUGUAAAAGUGACUGUCUACGAGCAUCCAUUCCUCAACCUUUCUUAUAAGCAAGACCAUAAAGGCGUGGUGGUUGUCCGCGAAAAUACAAGAAAGCUUGUGUUGAACCCCAAAGUCAGCGCGUUACCACCACCAGACGCGAUUUCAUGGUAUAAAGAUGGCGUGGCCAUUUUGAAAAACUCUACAUGCUACAGGAUGUCCAACUAUAGCUUGUCCAUCCUGGAGCUGCAGCGAAAGCACAACGGGAUUUUCACCAUAAGCGUGGGCUACACGCUGAAGGGCCUGUACAGGAACCUGAGCUACACUCUGAUGGUUGAAGUUAAGCCGAGCAUAUCUGAGGCGGAGCUCUCCAACCAGGACGUGCAGCCCUAUUUGUCUGGAAGGCAGCAUCAGCUGACCUGCACCGCCUUCGGAGAACCCCUACCUGAGAUCACCUGGCAGUGGCUACCGUGUCACGCUAACCCGACGCCCGAACAUUGCUUACAGAAGGAAAUCUUUGUGGUGACGCCUGAUGACCGAGGAAAUAAUUCCCACAACUGGAUCAAGAGCAUAAAUGUCAAGACUCAACUGGUUCAAGAUAAAAACAAGACUGUGAGUACGCUGGUGAUUGGAAAGGCUCGAGUGUCAGGACAUUACCUCUGCGUGGCCCAGAACAAUCUCGGCAGCGCGUACAUGACUCUGCCUUUCUACGUUGACGAUCACCCAGAGGAAGUUGCCAUCACGCCCCGAACAGCCAUAGAGGGAGACAACGUCAACCUGACGUGCAGGGCCACCCGUUACCGCUACACAGGCCUACGGUGGCUGAACGCCAGGAAUGAAACCAUCUCCACCAACGUAUCCAACCUGCAGAUCAACCGCUACUCCAUAUCCGUGUCUCUCAAGCUGCACGGUGUGUCCCAAAACAGCACGGCAGGCUACCACUGCCAAGCAUUCAAGCUGCACAAUCCAAGACAGUCCAAAGUCAAGAUGGCCGCCUUAGUGGUGGAGGAGAGAAAACGGCCGUGGCUCAGUCAGAAUCUGACCAAUCAGGACGUAAACAGCAGCAGCAUCCUGGUCUUGCCUUGUUUUGCUUCGGGGGUUCCUCGGCCGCUGGUCCGCUGGUACAAAGACGGCGUGGAACUGCAAGAGAGCCCAGGGGUCACACUGGGAGAAAACGGGACUCUGACCAUUGAAAGGGUGAAGAAAGACGAUGAGGGCCGGUACGAGUGCGUGGCCCAAAACGUUGAGGGAUUCGUGAAAACGAGCGCCGUCAUCACUGUGUUCGGAGAUGAAAGCAAGUCAAACAUUGAGGUCAUCAUUUUGGUGUCUACUGGAGCUGCUGCCAUGUUCCUCUGGAUUAUGCUCAUCCUUUUCAUCCGAAAGCUGAGGAAGCAGCCAGCCCACUACAAGAUGGGUCCAUCUAUCAUCAUCGAUCCUGACGAGUACCCUCUCGACGAGCAGAACGACCUCCUUCAGUAUGACGGCAGCAAAUGGGAGUUUCCCCGUGACCGCCUGCGUCUCGGUAAAACUCUCGGCCAUGGAGCUUUUGGAAAAGUGGUGGAGGCCUCUGCUUUUGGGAUCGACAAGCUCUCAACCUGCAAGACCGUUGCAGUGAAGAUGCUGAAAGGCGGUGCUACAUCGAAUGAGCGUAAAGCCCUGAUGUCGGAGUUAAAGAUCCUGAUCCACAUCGGCAAUCACCUGAAUGUAGUCAACCUGCUGGGAGCGUGCACCAAGCCUGGAGGACCUUUAAUGAUGAUUGUGGAGUUCUGUAAAUAUGGCAACUUGUCCAACUAUUUGAGAAGCAAGAGAGACGACUUCCUCGUCUACAAGAGCCCGGACGGUAAGGUGGUGUCGGCGGGGUCGGGCUGUGAGCUCAGCGAGCUGAUGAAGCAGCGCCUGGAGAGCGUGGCCAGCACCGGAAGCUCGGCCAGCUCUGGCUUCAACGAAGAGAAGAGCUACUGCGACUCGGAGGAAGAGGAAGACGAGCCGGAAGAUUUAUACAAGAGGGUUCUGACGCUGGAGGAUCUGAUCUGCUACAGUUUUCAAGUCGCAAAAGGGAUGGAGUUCCUGGCUUCGCGCAAGUGCAUUCAUCGGGAUUUGGCUGCACGGAACAUCCUACUGUCUGAGAACAACGUGGUGAAGAUUUGUGACUUUGGCCUCGCCAGAGACAUUUAUAAGGACCCGGAUUAUGUGCGCAAAGGAGACGCCAGGCUGCCGCUGAAGUGGAUGGCUCCUGAAGCCAUAUUUGAUAAGAUCUACACAACCCAGAGUGACGUCUGGUCCUUCGGUGUCCUGAUGUGGGAGAUCUUCUCUCUCGGUGCCUCUCCGUACCCUGGCGUCCAGAUUGAUGAGGAGUUCUGCUGCCGGCUGAAAGAAGGGACUCGGAUGAGAGCGCCAGAUUAUGCUCCCUCUGAAAUAUAUCAAACCAUGCUGGACUGCUGGCACGGAGAGCCACAGCAGCGGCCGACCUUCACGGAGCUGGUGGAGAGGCUGGGGGACCUGCUCCAGGCCAGCGUGCAACAGGAGGGAAAACACUACAUACCCAUCAACACAGCCCUGCUGGCGAAGGUGGGAGAGAUCGAGGAGCCGGACGAGACGUCCACACGGCCCGUCUCCCUCCGCGACUCAGGGGGCAACUGGAACAUAAAGAUCCGCCCCGCUAGCGUGAAAACCUUUGAUGAGAUCACCAUGGAGAACGGGAAAAAUGAAAACCAAGAGGGUCAGUCGGACAGCGGGAUGGGCCUCUCGUCCGACAACAUGAAGACGCUGAUGCGAUUCGAAUCGUUGGCCGGCCGACCUCUGAGCAUCAUGGCCCUGGCGAUGAAGGCGGUGAGUAAGAGUAAAGAGUCGGUGCUGAACGACUUGGAGAAGGAGAAGUUCCCGCCCACCGUGCCGCCUUUAGACUUCAGUCUGGACGACUCGGCUCUGGACGCCAGCCUGGAGUGUCACAGCCCUCCGCCUGACUACAACUAUGUGGUGCGCUACUCCACCCCUCCCGUGUAACCUCCCGUCUGAACCCCACUGGAGGAUCUGAGGGUGGAAAAGCGUCAAGGCCCCCGGCUUUGUUCUCCUCUGUUUUGACGGCUCUGUGUCACCGUAGGAGAGGGAAACACGAGGUUCCCUCUCUAUGUGCUCAGAAGUGACUCAGCUCCACUGGAUCUCCGUGGACUGGUGAUUCCUGUUUUUUUUUUUUUUUUCCACACGUUGGCUUACGUUAAUGCUGCUGGUCUGUCCCAACCUUCACUGUGAUGUGUCAAAACAGCUGAAAACAGCCUCAGGUAUUUCUCUGAUCUACUGUGAAACAAACCGCAUCGAUCCCGACUUUACCCCAGGAAAAAAACAAAUAAAAAGACCCAUGAAGAGGAUGAAGAAGAGGGAAACCCAGGAGGGAAAACGUUAAAAUAUUGGUUGAUUUUUUACAUCCUAUACGUAUAAAAGAAUAUUAAAAUAAA